CGCCAUUGAUGUAUAUAUAAGAAGCUCACAGAGCUGUUCUUCGUCGUCUUUGAAUCUUGAAUUUUGCCUUGCGCGGCAUAACCCUAUCAAUGGAUUCUAUGGCUGCGCUGACUCUACCGUCUUAUUCUUUUUCGUCGUUGUCGUCUUUGUUCUCCGUUGCUUCUUUCGACCAUGGAGCUUUUGUUUCGAAUGAUUCUCGCAUUCGAAUGUGUUCCACUGGCGGAGUUAGAUGUGAUCUAUCCGAGUCUUUGAAGCAUGUGAACGGGAAGCCUACAAUUCCAAUUGUUACUGAACGGACGCUGCCCAAGUUCAUGGAGUCAGCUCGCAUGGAGAAAAUAGUUAAUAGGAGUAGUACGCGCUUGAAAUUGUUUUCUGGGUCUGCGAAUCGUUUACUCUCACAGGAAAUUGCCUGUUACAUGGGGCUGGAGCUUGGAAAGAUUAACAUUAAGCGUUUUGCGGAUGGCGAAAUAUAUGUUCAAUUGCAAGAGAGUGUUAGAGGAUGUGAUGUAUUCCUAGUACAGCCCACCUGUCCCCCAGCCAAUGAGAAUCUUAUGGAGCUUUUAAUUAUGAUAGAUGCUUGUAGGAGAGCCUCAGCCAAGAAUAUUACGGCUGUGAUUCCGUAUUUUGGAUAUGCUAGAGCUGAUAGAAAGACUCAAGGGCGUGAAUCCAUUGCUGCGAAGCUUGUUGCCAACAUCAUUACUGAAGCGGGUGCAAACCGUGUUCUUGCUUGUGAUCUUCAUUCUGGACAAUCCAUGGGCUACUUUGAUAUUUCUGUGGAUCAUGUAAAUUGCCAUCCCGUGAUUCUUGACUAUCUUGCUAGCAAGAGGAUUUGUUCUGGUGAUUUGGUUGUGGUUUCUCCUGAUGUUGGAGGAGUUGCCAGAGCACGCGCUUUUGCUAAAAAGCUGUCCGAUGCACCUUUAGCUAUUGUCGAUAAGAGGCGUCAUGGACACAAUGUUGCCGAGGUAAUGAACCUGAUUGGUGAUGUAAAAGGGAAGGUUGCAGUUAUGGUUGAUGACAUGAUUGACACAGCUGGAACUAUUACAAAAGGGGCUGAACUGCUACAUCAAGAGGGAGCCAGAGAAGUUUAUGCUUGUUGCAGUCAUGCUGUUUUCAGCCCCCCUGCCAUUGAGAGGCUCUCCAGUGGCAUCUUCCAAGAAGUGAUCGUUACGAACACAAUUCCAGCUCCCAAAACUCACUUCCCUCAGUUGACAGUCCUCUCGAUCGCAAACUUGAUGGGCGAAACCAUUUGGCGUGUUCACGAUGAUUGUUCGGUGAGUAGCAUUUUUCUAUGAAUAUCCUAUGGAAUUACAGAACUUCAGUUGCCGCUUCUCCCUUAUUUAUGGAGGUUCUGUGGCCACCUUAUUUCAUAAUUGGCAUACAGUUCCCUUAUUUAUAAGUUUGGGCUAAGCCCCCAACUGAGUGAUCAUGUUUAGCAGAAAAGAGAGAAAAAAAACAAGAAAAUAGGCUGCCAAUCUUAUGGCAGAUUACAUAUAUAAUAGAUUAGGGUGUGUAGCUAACAUCAAGGUUCCUGUUAUUCAGUUUCCUUGGAAUGUAUAAAUAUCUGUUUCUCAUUUUCAAUCUCUUAAAUAAGAAGUCUAUACAAUUUUGAGUCA